AUGCCUGUUCAAAGUGUGAUACCGCUCAAAUGCUACUGCAACAACUACCCUUGGGGGAACCAGGCAGCCGCCUCACUAGCCGCCAGGAUGUGCAAGGCGCACAAUCCGGAUUUCACAAUCGAGGCCGACAAAUGUUACGCGGAAAUGUGGAUGGCAACGUAUCCAGAACUCCCAUCAUACGCCCUUGACUCUGGUGAAGAUUUGCAACAAAUUCUCAACAAUAACAAGGAGAAGCUAAUUGGCAAGACGGUACUGUCCAAGUUUGGCGCGGACUUGCCAUUUCUACCGAAGAUACUGUCUAUCGCCAAAGCCUUGCCUCUGCAGAUUCAUCCCAACAUCGAGCUGUCGAAGAAGCUGCACGAGGAGGACCCUGAGAACUUCACGGAUACCAACCACAAACCCGAGAUUGCUGUUGCUCUGAGCAAGUUUGAGGUCUUCGUUGGCUUCAAGCCCAAGGAAGACAUCCAAAAGCUGAUGGAGUUAGACUCGCUCAAGCAAUUCCUGCCCUCCGGCGAUGCUGGUGGCGAGCCAACGAACGAGACGCUCAAAAAGGUCUGCGCCAAUAUGCUCAAGGCUUCAGAGGACACAGUCAAGGAAGUCGAGGAUGCACUCGCCAAGCUCACCAAAGAGCAGCUGGGCCAAAAUCAGAGCUACAUUCUGGACCUGCUACCUCGUCUACAAGCACAAUAUACCAAAGCUGACCCAGGUACUCUAGUAGCACUGAUUCUCAUGAAUUUCCUCACGCUUUCCGCUGGCGAAGCUCUCUAUGUUCCCGCAGACGGGAUACACGCCUACCUCUCAGGAGACAUCGUAGAAUGCAUGGCGCGGUCAAACAAUGUCCUCAACACAGGCUUCUGCCCACCAGCCGAGCGAAAUUCUAUCGACCUGUUCACCAAAGUAUUGACGUUCAAGGUACACGAUCCCAAAGAGCCCAUAUUGCAGCGAUUGGACAGCGAGAAGAGCUCAAGUGGCAGGACGGCCGCAUUCAAGCCGCCGAUGAGUGAGUUCAAUAUGUUGGUCACGGAAUUGCAGAAAGGCGAGCAAGAAACAGUAAAGCCAGUUAACGGACCAGGCAUCAUGUUUGUGACGCGAGGGGCGGGAGAUAUGAGGGCGGGAGGCGACGCAUUCCAGCCCAAAGAAGGCAGCAUCUACUUCGUUGGGCAGGGCGUGGACGUCGAGCUCAAUGCGAGCAGUGAUGAUGGUCUGACCGUGUAUCGGGCUUACGCCGAGUAG